AUGAGGUUCUGGUGCCUGUUUCGAGGGAACGACGGUUGGUUUUUCGGGGCGGAGGUCCGCGACGAGGAAUUCGAUUCGCCGAGCUUGUCGGAUAGGGAUGGCGACGACGACGACGACGACGACGUUGUCGACGAUGGCGACGACAACGACAACGACUCCGAUACGUCGUCCUGGUCGUUGGCUUCCGACGACAGUUUGCGGAGGGCUAAGGAAAACUUGGCGUCAAGGUUGGAACAGUUGCUGACUGAAAGGAGGGCUAUGUUGACCGUGAGGGAGGAGGGGGGGAGGGCGGCGGCGAACGUCGAGGCGGAGGUUGCGCAGGCGGAGGUGGCGGAUGCGGCUGGGCUGGAUGUUUCGGAGGUUUCCGGUAUUUCGGAGGCCUCCGGUAGUUCUGAGGAUCUCCCGAUGCCAGCGAGGAAGAGACCGAAACUGGAGCCGCGGUUGUCGUCGGAUUCUUCCUCCGAUUCGUCGGUGCGGUACCUCUACACGGAGAACUACGAUCCCGACUCGGACGACUCAACGAUCAAUUGGAAGGGCAUAUUCGCGAGUCAACCGACGACGUCUGACGACUUGGCCGAGGAGGAGGACGAAGAGUUUCGGGCCUUUCGUCGUGGGUCUUCCUCGGAGGAAGAGAUACCGGAGUGUAUGCUGGUCUCGGGGUCCAGUGAGGAUUCAGACGGCGUCGUGUGA